GUUUUCCGUUUGAAGUAAACGGUUUCAGUAAUACACCCCUGAAGAAGAACGCGACUUUUUUUUUACUGACGCUUUGGGACGUGAUAUUGCGGAAGAUACACACACACGCCACAAAUGAACUCUGGCCUACACACACAGCAAAGCACGUUGGUGGGUGUGAUAACUGCGGGCUGAAGUCUACAGCGGCGCUUGCCUGUCAGUGCCAGUGACGUGGAGAGGCAGAAGUCAAGCAACUCUUCUGAUUUCUCAAGACAAUAGAAGAUUCGAAAUAGGUAUUUAUUGUCGACUUGGCAUCGCGGGCAACCUUUAAAAGUGGACCUUAUUGUGCCAGCGAACGAAGCACGUGGCUUCACAGGGAGAGGGGAAAAUGCAAAAAAGCUUGUCAGUGUAUGACAGUGAUGGCUCAACAUUUGUACCUCUGGUGGUCAUCGAGUUAGUUUCGGAAACCAAAGAGGAAGCCAUCGCAUGGUUAUUAAACAGGGUCAGAGACAAGCAGCAAGAUGGAGGGGCUGAGCUGCUGGUGGAGCAGCUGACUCCAGGGGCUCAGGGCACGGAGAAGGACAACCCCAAUGUGUAUGUGGUGGGGGCCUCCUGGCAAAGGCUCCUAUACGGAGCUGAGGACGUGGGCUUCUUCAAGGAAUUCAACGACGGCUCCAUGAGAGGCUUCACGUAUGCCAACAAGCACAACUUCAAAGAGUUCCAAGGUGAUGGGGAUGGUUUUCUGAGCAUGGCAGAGUGUCAAUACAUCAUAAAACAUGAACUGGACAACCUGAGGGCCAAGGAUGAGGCCCACGUGCCUGGAUAUCCGAAGAUGAAACUGUAUCCAGGGAAGUCAGUCAUACGCAGAAUGCAAUCAAAGGGGAUCCUUGUCCAAGUUUUCCCUCUGCAUGAGAAGGAGGAACUCAAAAGGCUUUCCUUUUCCUGGUUCAAAAAGAUCAAGUUGUCCUUCCAGCCUCUUGAUGACAUCAGGCACUACUUUGGUGAGGGUAUGGCACUCUACUUUGGUUUCCUGGAGUAUUUCACCUUGGCCCUGAUCCCCAUGGCCCUCAUAGGCAUACCAUACUACCUCUUCGACUGGGAGGACUACGACAAGUUCACGGUGUUCGCCGGCUUCAACCUGGUGUGGUGCACGGUGAUUCUGGAGUUGUGGAAGCGCCUCAGCGCUUCGCUGGCGUACGGCUGGGGCACCCUAAGCAGGAAGAAAGCCUUCGAGGAGCCGAGGCCGGGCUUCCACGGCGUCUUGGGCGUCAACCCCGUCACGGGGCGGGCGGAGCCACUCUACUCAAACGCCAAGCGUCAGCUGAGGAUCUACCUGGUGUCUGUUCCCUUUGUGCUGUUGUGCCUCUACCUGUCUCUCUACGUCAUGAUGAUCUACUUUGACAUGGAGGGCUGGGCCUUGAUGAUCCAUGAUGAGGAGCCUACCUUAUGGACAGGACUGCUACUUUUUAUCCCCAGUAUUAUCUACGCUGUGGUUAUAGAGAUCAUGAACCUCAUAUACCGCUAUGCUGCAGAGUUCCUCACUGGCUGGGAAAACCACAGGCUUGAGUCAACAUUUCAAAAUCACCUGGUCCUUAAAGUACUGGUGUUCAACUUCUUCAACUGUUUUGCCUCCCUAUUCUACAUUGCCUUUGUGAUGCAGGAUAUGGUGCUUCUCAGACAGAGUCUGGCCACGCUGCUGAUAACGUCUCAGAUCCUGAACCAGAUCAUGGAGGCCUUCCUGCCCUACUGGCUCCAGAGGAGGAGGAACAAGAAGGCCCAUAAGAGGAUGAUAAAAACCAUGGAAGACAAGGAGCUGCCCCUCUCUGAGCAGGUCAAGCUGGAGGCAGACAUGAGCACCUACCUGGGAACAUUUGAUGACUACCUGGAGCUGUUCCUGCUGUUUGGCUAUGUCAGUCUGUUCUCCUGUGUCUACCCUCUGGCUGCGGUGCUGGUGGUGCUCAACAACGUCACAGAGGUCUACUCGGAUGCCUUCAAGAUGUGCAAGGUGUUCAAAAGACCCUUCUCUGAGCCUGCAGCCAAUAUAGGGGUGUGGCAGCUUGCCUUUGAGGCCAUGAGUGUGAUCGCCGUGGUGACCAACUGUGCCUUGAUUGGCAUGUCCCCCCAAGUCAAGUCCUAUUUCCCAGAGUCAGAGACACAGCUCAUAAUGUGGGUGGUGGGCUUCGAGCACUUCCUCUUGGCCUCCAAGUUCAUCCUGACCUUUGUGAUCCCAGACGUCCCCAAACACAUCCAGAUCAAACUGUCACGUCUGGAGUUUGAGUCCCUGGAGGCUCUGAAGAAAAGGAAAAUGCUGGAGGCCUCGGGGAUCCCAAAGACUGAUAAGUGAUGAGGAGAGAAGAGCCCGAUGGUUCAGAUACUGACAAGACGAAGAUGGGCUAAACUCCAGAUGGAACAUGCCCUCCCAACGGAGAAAGAUUCACAGACUGUUUCCUUUACAACACCUCAAUUAGCUCAAAGCUUAUUUCUGCAUAAAAUAUCCAAAAGUCAUUUUCUUUUUAUAUAUAGAAACGGUUGUUUGUUAAACCUGGUUUUAUGCUCUUAACCUCUGCACUGUUGCCAGGUCUUUGUUUGUUUUUCUGAGUGUAGUGUAUUACCUGCAGAUGUCUAUAGAACAUUACUGGAUGUGAUUAAAACAAUCAUGAAGACUAGCCUCUAAACUAAACAUUCAGAUCUGACCAGAGAACAAGACUUUAUGUUAAUGUCCUCCGGAAACCACUGUUGGAAAUGCAUUGCUACGUACCAAAUGUAAUGUUAAGGCAGGGCUUGACAUUCAGGUCAAUUUGGCCGAAUGAAUGAAAUACUGGCACCAGUCAACAAAUACUGGCACCAGGCAGGCAGGUGAAUGAUGCGCAUAAAUGCAGCAGCUAGUGAUUUUAUCUUUCAUUUGGGCUGAGCAAGUAGCCUACAGGAUUUAUACAGACAUUGGGAAGUCAAACUCAAUGAUUUUUCAAGCAAUUAAUUGUAAUUUUGAAGGACUUACAUUUUAUAUUGAAUUGUCAUAGCCUAUCGAAAAAAAAUCCCCUCAAAACUAGUAAGCAAAAAAGUAUGCAUAACAACUUAGAGAAUAAUGCAUGUUUUCUUAAGCCUUCCAAAUGGCAUUAUGCAAUGACAUAAACAUGUUUUACAUUCUAAAACCUAAAACAUGUCAGAAUAAAGCGGACAUUGCCUGACUAAUAGACUGUAUGUAGAUGCUCCCAACACAAACACACUAACGAUGUCUGUGGCAUGAAAUGUUGAGGGUUUAUUGUAUCAUGUUUUAAAACAGUAAAAACCGGGUUCCCUUUGUAACGGAACGAUGUGUAUGGAAAACCAAGUUGAAGCCAACAUUCCACUGGUUGUCUUGCUCAUAAUCACUGCACGUGGUUUUACCGUAAAGAUGGCAACAGACCUGCGCGGGAAACACAUGAAAGCGGAUAGAUCUCAUAAAAACUGAUCAGAAAUAAAUUAAAUCAAGGAAUAAUUAUAUUGCAGUGCAACUUCUAAAUCGGCUACCUUCAAUGACUUUUCUAGGACCAAAUAGCCUCGAAGAAAUGUCUGAUUAUCAAGUUAGGCUAUUCUAUGAUGAAUUGCGCAAAGGAACGUUUUAUUGCAGGUUUGCAUACCCAUACUUGCCUUAGCAUUUAUUGGUAUUUAUCAGAACUUUGAAGAUGUUCCCUGCCGCUGUCGGUCUUCAGUGAGCUGCUCCACACAACAAUCUCAAGCUAGGCUUAAUGUGUAGUUUAUGGCGCGCGUGUGAUAAAUAAUCAACAUAACGAACUCACAGCUUCAGGAAUUCUUUAUUAUAUAGCCUAGAUUAAAUAUAACAUUUUUACAAUAUUUAUUUUCUUCAACUGGCCCGGAGGGUUUCCAAAACCUCCCCGGGCCAGCGGGCAGCCCUGAACGUCAAGCCCUGGUUAAGAUGUUAGAUAAUAGGUCAUUGAAGGUGUAUGGAUACGGUUGAGGGUAGUAUGCUGUGUUACAUAGACUUUUCAUGUUCAUGUGGCCAUUAUGGAAUUGGUGGAGGUGGUUCAGUUUGAGAUAGAUGGCCUACGGUAAUUAUAUCCAGACAGUAUUCCAUCAACAGAUGACAUGAAUUACUUUUCAAAAAUAGGUUUUCACAUUAGACAAGAGUUUUAGACCAACAGCUUUGCUUAAAAGCCACUAUAGUCAGUUAUGGGGCAGGGCUCCAUCUAGUAUCACUAGGUCUGUCAUCUAGUAUCACUAGACGUUAUCUAAGUAGAACUGCUUUCAAAAUGGAAGUCUUAGGAAUUCUGGCAUAAUUAUGUGCUCUAGCAGUGAGAUCCUUGAAACGUUUACAUAGUGUUGCCAGAGUAUAAUAUAUGCCAUUAAGCAGACACUUUUAUCCAAAUUGACUUAGUCAUGUGUCAUGAUGUAUUUAUGGCUCCAGCAGGACUCAAACCCAGGAUCCUUGGCAUUGCAAGCGCCAUGCUCUACCAACUGAGCCACACAGCCAGGGUGUUAUCUGAUCCAUAGUGGUACUACACAUGGAGAUAGGAAAGAUCUAAUUAUCAAUGGUGAUGCUUCAGUAUGCUACAGAGAAGUUGUAAAGACUGGAAUGGAAUUAAUGGAACACAUGGAAACCAUGUUUGAUUCCAUUCCAUACAUUUCAAUGAUCCCGUCCUCCUAUAGCUCCUCCUACCAGCCUCCUCUGUAUCAUACUGAAGCAUGGUAUGCUACGUAAUGUUAAAUACUCCUCACAGCCUGCAACUAUCAUGGUCAUUGUUACUCAGUCUAAUCAAUGACUAUCAAUCAAUAGUAGUGAUACUUAGAAUGUAUGUGAGUGGAAAUUCAUUGAUUUUUAAAAAGUUUAUGCUAUUAGUCCAUGUGCUCUUGAAGACCCCCCUCAGGGCGGGCUUGUGCCUUUGACAUGACAUGCUGUCAAGAUUAGUUUUAUAUGCUAUAUACUGUACCUACACUCACUAGUUUGCCAUCACAAUAUCACCAAGUGUUUAAAAAUGGUUUAGAACAGCAUUAUUGAAACCAAACAAACCCAGCAUCCCUUUCCUCAAAUAAAUCUAUACAAAAGUC